CAACUCUAAAUCUCUAGCACAGAAGAUUUGGCCACCUAAGUUAUCAGGGCCUAACCAAAUUACAGAAGAAGGGAAUUGUUACUGGACUGCCAAUACUGAAAGGAGUUCCUGAAAUCUGCACCACUUGUCUGGUAGGGAAACAACACAGGAAGCCAUUCCCUAAGAGAAGUCAGUGGAGAGCCACUCAUAAACUGUAACUCAUUCAUGCAGAUUUAUGUGGUCCCAUCACUCCCAUGUCCAAUGGUGGAAAGAGAUAUGUUUUUACAGUGAUUGACGAUUUCAAUAGGAAACUGUGGGUGUUCUUCUGGCUCACAAAUCUGAAGCUCUUGGAGUAUUCAAAAACUUCAAAGCUCAAGUGGAGAAGGAGGCAAGAACAGAAAUAGGUUGUUUGAGAACUGAUCGAGGGGGAGAGUUCAUGCUUAGUGAAUUCAGAACUCUUUGUGAUGAAGCUGGAAUCAGAAGGCAAUAACUGCUGCUUUAACCCCACAACAAAAUGGGGUAGCUGAAAGAAAGAACAGGACCAUAAUGAACAUGGUCAUAUGCAUACUAGCAGAUACCAAAGUUCCAUUAGCCUUUUGGCCUGAGGCAGUUCUUUGGACUACCCAUGUACUCAAUAGAAAUCCCACUAUGGCCCAUCUGAAAAAAACUCCACAAGAAGUAUGGUCAAGGGUUCCUCCUUCAGUGGACUAUUUCAAAGUAUUUGGUUGUGCUGCUCAUGUUCAUGUUCCAGAUCAACAAAGGAAGAAGCUAGAUGAUAAGAGUAAGCCCUGUAUCUUCCUUGGAAUCUAAGCUGAAUCAAAAGCUUACAAGCUAUACAAUCCUGAAACAAAGAAAAUUGUUGUAAGUCGAGAUGUUGUAUUUGAUGAGAAGCGUGGGUGGAUCUGGAAUGAAGAGACACAACCAGUGCUAACAAGUUUGUCUUGGGAAAGCAGUGAUGAAGAUUGGUUUGAUUCUGACACUGAAGAUCAAAUUGAAGAAAUCACACCUGUUGUUGUUAACACAGAAACUUAACCACUUUACCUGCUGGAGCUAGAUGCAUUGGUCUAAAAUGGGUGUUCAGAACCAAGCUUAAAGAGGAUGGUUCACUGGAUAAGUUCAAGGUCAGGCUUGUGGCCAAAGGGUACUGUUAACAGCAUGGCAUAGACUAUACAUAAGUCUUUGCACCAGUGGCUAGGUGGGACACAAUCAGGACCUUUCUUGCUCUUGCUGCUCACCAUGGUUGGCCAAUGUUUCAAUUAGAUGUAAAGAGUGCCUUCCUACAUGGCAAUUUGGAAGAAGAAGUGUAUGUAGAGCAACCACAAGGCUUUGUGGUUGCUGGGGAGGAGAAUAAAGUAUACAGGCUCAAGAAAGCUCUUUAUGGGCUGAAACAAGCUCCUCGAGCUUGGUACAAUAGAAUUGAGCAAUACUUUGCUGCAACUGGGUUUGAAAAGUGUCCCUAUGAGCCUACCUUGUUUGUUAAGAAGGUUGGAGAGAGCACACUGUUGGUAAGUUUGUAUGUAGAUGAUGUUAUGUAUGCUGGGAAUGAUGCAGGUCUCAUUCAAGAAUUUAAAAGAUCCAUGGAGGCUCAGUUUGAAAUGAGUGACCUGGGAAUGAUGAAGUACUUUCUGGGGGUGGAGGUGUAUCAAAGCACAUCUGGUAUAUUCAUUUCUCAGCCAAAAUAUGCGAAAGAAGUGUUGCAAAGGUUCAAUCUUCUGGAAUGCAACUAUGCAAAGAACCCUAUGGUGUCUAGAACAAAGUUCACAAAGGCUGGUGAUGGAAAUCUAGUGAAUGCCACUGAGUACAAACAACUUAUUGGAAGCUUGUUGUACAUCACAGCAACUAGGCCAGAUAUCAUGUACUUUGUGUGUUCACUAAGCAGGUAUAUGGAAGCUCCUACUCGUUUGCAAAUGAUGGCGGCAAAACGAGUACUACGAUAUCUUAAAGGUACAAUAAAUCAUGGAAUCUGGUACAAAAGAGAAGGUGGGGAGGAUUGCUUGCAAGGCUAUACAGAUAGUGCCUACGCGGGAGAUGUUGACGAUAGAAAAAGCACCAGUGGCUACGUAUUCUUUCUUGCAGGUGGAGCCAUCUCGUGGGGAUCAAAGAAGCAACCUGUUGUCACACUCUCAACAACAGAAGCUGAAUUUGUAGCAGCAUCACAUUGCGCUACUUAGUGUGUUUGGUUGAGGAGGAUCCUAACUCAAAUGGGAUGGAAGAGCAGCGUAGCACAAGGAACAAGAAUCCAUUGUGACAACAGCUCUGCAAUUAAGCUCUCAAAGAAUCCGGUUUUCCAUGGGCGAAGUAAGCAUAUCGAUGUUUGAUUUCAUUUUCUGAGAAAUCUGGUGAAUGAAGGAACUGUGGAAUUGGAAUACGUGGGAACUGGGGAGCAAGUGGCAGAUGUGAUGACUAAGGCUCUGAGACUGGAAACGUUUCAGUUGACGAGAGAAAGAAUGGGGUUGUGUGAUUUUGAUGUGUUUGCAGAAGCUGAAGGAAGAAGGCUAAACUGAAGGUGACGAAGAAGCUUCUGUUCAGGGGAGGAUGUUGAAGACUGGCGCCAAGAAACAGAGGUUUCAAAGUCUGUCUUUAUUGAAGCUAUGUCGUUUUAGUUUGAACUGAAGACUGUGUCGUUUGGUUUCUUUCAGUUUGGUCACUUUAAGUUUGUUUUAGGGUCAAAUAAGGACAAGUCGAGUGUUAAGGCUUGUGUUGCUUAGUGCAGAAGUUUAGAGAGUCUGUUAGCUGGUUUUCAGGGUUAGUGGGAUCAAUUAAGGUUAGUGGGAGAUCGAGAUUGUGGGCUGAGAAUAUUGUACUUAUAGUUUUUCAGCAUUAAUCAAUAAACUGUCAGUUUGCGUCAUUAUUAGGUUUUCACAUCUAUAUGCUGCGUAGUUGAGGCCAAUAUGUUAAUUUUUGAAAUCACGGACCAAAGUUGAUUAUAUGCUCAUAAUUCAGGCCAAAAUAAAAUAUUAACCCUUAAUCUUAAUAAUACUUAAUUUUAAUUUGUAGUGUGAUUCCGCAUAUGUUAGAGUUGAGAAUAAAUAUUCUUUAUCAUUUUUAAUUUCCGGAAUCAAUGUUUACUUCACCAAAACAAGAGAGAAUGGACAAAAGAAUGAUGAUAGUUCGAUCCACAGAGGAAUACCAAAGUCCAUGGUAAUAGCGAUAUGCAUUUUCGGCGCGAAAUCACCAACAUGUUUUGCUCUGCCGGACAACAUCGAUCAUUUUUAUGAUGUGUAUUAUUUUCUAAAUGUUUAUGGUAUGUGUAUGUAGUUGUAUACAUAGUUGAACCACCUUAUUAAGAGCCGGUUCAAGAUGAAUACGUUUUUUUUAUGGCGGAGACCUCAUAUGUAUCAAGAAUUAGUUGGACGCAAUAAUUCGAGUUCUGCGGAAGUUAGCACAUCAUGCAUGUCAACUCAGAUCCAAACACGAAUAUUUAUAUCAUUGCCUUACACGUGUCAAGAAUGAGUUGAUCGCAAUAACUUGAGUUGUACGUUGAGAAAGGUUCAAUCAUUGAUCUUAUACCAUAUACUAGCACACAUACUCCUUCAAACGAAAGCCAACCUCAUAUGGACAUGAAGUUUGCACAAGUUCGAAUACCACGUGAUUAUUAACAAAUGGGGAUCGUCGUUCGGAAUCCGAUCGGGCACAAGACAUCUCGGUCAUCGAAGACUCUAGUAUAUAUUAUGUCAAGAAUCGGUUGGUACCAAUAGUUCGAAUUGUUGGGAGAUGUUGGGUUAUAAUUCUUAAACCAUUUACUAACAUUAGUAAUUGCCAACAAAUUUGAAAGUAUGUCUAGCUAGGUCACUGGUAAUUAAUGUUGAGAAACCCAUUCAUACAGGUAACCCUAUACAAAUUUAAAAUGUAUGACAUUAGUUGUCUUACCCUUAUUUAGUCAUCCGAUCGAGAAACGUGUAUGUCAAGAAAAGAUCGAAAAUAUUGUAACUCUAUCUGUCUACACUCUGUCCACUGCCGGCGGUAGUGCGUUGUCCGGAUUCCAUCCGUACCGCGCCGCCGGCAUGCAAGUCCGGUUAGCUAUAUAUAUACUACGUACCUGUACUUGUGCCAAAUACAUCAUUUUCCAUUGCCUCUCGUUUCUGUUCUUACCAUUAUAAUAAGCUAGCUAUAUACGAUGAAGAAUUGCCAUGGUGGUAUGAGUUUGAUGAUGAUGGUACGCCUUUUCAUGGCAGCAAUAGUAUUAUUGUCUGCUACUUUUGUUGUGUCGCCGUCAGUUGCUGGUUCCGACCGUGAUCACUUCAUCAACUCGGCCGGACGCGGCCGCCGGGUUAGCACCGCCGACGACUGCAGUGGGUGGUUGUGUAAGUAAAAACCGUCCAUUUUGUUUAAUAUAUUUAAUAAUUAGUUACCAUGGUAGGAAGAUAAAAACUUAAUUAUGCAAACUCUUUUCCAACAAGUACUCGAGUGAUCGAUAAACUAGGUGGUUUGUUGGUUAAUAUGGUACCGGAGCCUUUGAUUGAAAGGUUAAUUAUGAUUUCAAAUCUUUAUGACGAUACAUAGGAUAAACAAUGGUUUAGCACAAGUCAUGAUAUAUUAAACCUGUACAAACUGAAGGCUUUAUGGAUUAGCAGGUCAAGGGAUGGAAUGAUAUGUUCAACCUGUACAAAUUAUUAGGAAAACUCACAAGUAUGCUUUCGUGUGAAGGAGUGUGUGAGAGAUAAAAGCUCAUAAAAAUCAUUUAUCAAC